GUUUUUGUUGGAGUACUCAAUUUCCCGUAGCGACCUUCUAGAAAUAGCGCCCCCUCGUGGCCUUUCUCUGCUCUGUAGCAGGUUAGCCAGCUCCGGUGCUACGUUAGGAUGCUGCGGAACACGCGCCGCACGUUUAGCCCUUUAACAGCGCGCGGUGGGUUCACAUUGAUGCGAGGAGCUGCAGAGGAUCCCAGUGUACCCUGAAUAUGUGGCGCUGUCACGGCUGACUGCAUGGACCCGAGGUGACUGAAGCAAGCUGGGGAAGCUGCAGCCCCUGUGGGCGACGGAUGUGGGGGUCAAACAUGUCUCCAUAUCUGGCUGUGAUGCUUCUGGUGGUCCUCUGUGUCCUACUGCCAGGAUUAAGCCACGGAGGCUCUGAAAUGGAUCCGUACAAAAUAUUAGGGGUAACCAGGCGGGCAAGCCAGGCAGAGAUCAAGAAGGUCUACAAGCGUCUGGCUAAAGAAUGGCAUCCUGACAAAAACAAAGAUCCAGGUGCCGAGGACAUGUUUAUCAAGAUCAUUAAAUCUUAUGAGAUCCUGUCCAGCGAAGACAAACGUGCCAACUAUGACCGUUACGGCCAGACUGACGACACCCAGGCGUACGGCGGCGGCCGAUACGGCCCUCCCCAGGACAGCUUUUACCCUGACGAGUCCUUCUUCAACUUCCCAUUCAACACCAAGAACCAGAGGGACUUCACAGACAGCAAGUACACGCUGCACUUCAACCAGUACAUCGGCGAGGUUGUCCCAGACAGCUACAGGAGGCCGUACCUGAUAAAGAUCACCUCCGACUGGUGCUUCAGCUGCAUCCAUAUCGAGCCUGUCUGGAAGGAAGUGGUGCAGGAGAUGGAGGGUCUAGGCGUCGGGAUCGGCGUGGUGGAUGUUGGCUACGAGAGGCGGUUAGCCAAUCACCUCGGUGCUCAUCGCACCCCGUCUAUUCUGGGUGUUAUCAGUGGAAAGGUGACGUUUUUCCAUUACGCCGUAGCAAAGGAGCAUCUGAGGCAGUUCGUUGAAGACCUAUUGCCUCAGAGACUUGUAGAGAGGAUCACUGACAAAAAUGAGCAGCAGUUCUUAAACAGCUGGCAUGCUCUAAACAAACCACAUGUGCUUCUGUUUGACCAGGUUCCGAGUGUCCCUCUGCUAUACAAACUAGCAGCGUUUGCGUACAAGGACUACCUGCAGUUUGGUUACGUUGACCAGGGCCUGGCAGAGACGUCCGAGCUGCAGAAACGGUUCAACAUCAACACUUACGCUCCAACCAUGCUGGUCUUUAAGGAGAACACGGACAAGCCUGCCGAUAUCAUACAGGCUAAAGGAAUGAAGAAACAAAUAAUCGACGAGUUCAUGUCAAACAACAAGUUCCUCCUCGCACCACGGCUCGUCAAUCAGAGGCUCUUUGAUGAGCUCUGUCCCGUCAAACAGUUUCACAGACGCAGGAAAUACUGUGUGCUGCUGAUAACGGCUGAUGAAGAGACCAAUUCUUUGGGCAUCCAGUCUUUCCUCUCAUUCGCUUCGACCAACACCAGGGAGGUUGUGAGGUUUGCUUAUGUGUACCAGCGGCUGCAGCAACCACUCUGUGACAUCCUGAUGUACAGCGGCGACAGCUCCCAGCUGACUCCGCAGGUGGUGAUACUGGAGAGGCGUAACGCCGCCGGCAAAGCGUUUUUCAAGCCAGUGACGGCGUGGAACGGCAGUGAGGAAGACAAGCUGCGUCUCUUGGAGGAGCUGGAGCGACUCCAGAAGGACCCGUCCAUCCUCAUCCAUGACGUCCUGCUACCUGAACUCAACAACGAGUUUGCCUCGAUGUUUGUGGUCCGGUGGAUCUCUUCAUCCUACGAUUACCUCUCUGAAGUCAUUGAUGACAUUCUUCAUAACAACUGGCGUGAGAUGAUGCCUCUCCUGUCCCUCAUCUUCUCUGCUUUGUUCAUCUUGUUUGGAACCGUAGUGAUCCAGGCUUUCAGUGACUCCAGUGAGGAUAAGCAGAUGAAACCAAAAGCAAAAGAUGGAGCUAAAGCAGAAAAUGGGUCAUCAGAGACUAGCAGCGCCUCACGCAGACCUCCGAAAAAGACUUUUGUGGAGGUGACCGAGCUGACGGACAUCACCUACAUGAGCAACCUGGUGAAGCUGAGGCCUGGACACAUCAACAUAGUCCUGGUCCUCACUGACGCCUCCAAGAACAUCCUUCUUAGCAAGUUUGCUAAAGAAGUGUAUUCCUUUACGGGGAGUCACACACUUCACUUCUCCUUCCUGAACCUCGACAAGCACGGCGACUGGAUGAGCGCCCUCCUGGAAUACGCACCGGGCGCGGCGCAGGUGGAUGACGACGAAGGCGGGAGCCGUAAAGUGGACUACACUGGCUUCGUGCUGGCGCUGAACGGCCACAAAAAGUACCUGUGUCUCUUCAAGCCCGUCUACACGGGAGAGGACCUCGAAGGCAAGUCGUCCGAGGACGAAGCGGCGGCGUCAGCAGGCAGAUCGAGGCCCGGUCAUCCUCCAAGGAAAUCCGGGCGCUCUCGCAGCACGUCCACUCUACAGAUCCACCACAAGCUGGACCGGCUGGGGCUGUGGAUGGAAAGACUCAUGGAGGGGACCUUGCCUCGUUUCUACGUCCCGGCAUGGCCAGGGGUCGAUAAGAUCACACCAAGUAAAUAGAUGAUGGAGGAAACUCAUUAGGCCCCGUUUUAUAUCAAAGACCUUAAAUAAGUGCAGAUUUUUGUGGAAUAGGAUGUUCCCCUUCAGAAACAAACCAUUCCAUCCAGUAAACUUUAUUUGAAACAAAUACUAUCUAUUAGUAUUACAUUUGAAUAAGUAUACUUUAUUAUCUCUAAAUACAUAAACCUGAUAAUUAAGUAUCUUAAAUAAAUAAGCAUUAUUAUACAAAUGAGUAUGGAUCAUGUAAGUUUUUUUUACAUUUGUGUUAAAAUUAUCUAAAAAAAAAAAAAAAGCACAUGUUUGAUUCUGUUUGGCAUUGCUUGCUGCAUUAAUGUUUUUUUAAAGAUUGUUUAAAUAUAUAUAUUUUUAUUCUGUGCAACAAUAUAUACUGUGUUAGUUUGAAGUUGCAUUAAAAUACAUUCAGUUUGUCUGCUGUAAAUCAACGCAUUUUAUGUUUAUUAAUAAACGCAAGAAUUGUGAAUUAA